CAUAACAACCGACGACAGUAACUGUUACGGCUUGACACUUUAGCUUUAGCUUGCACACAAGAAACAGCGUCGGUGUCGUUCAAAGAAUUAUCAUUUCAAAAUGUCAGCAGCCGGUCCAGAAGGUUCUGGCGCAGCGUCAGGCAACAGGCGCUUGCAGCAGACCCAGGCCCAGGUGGAUGAGGUUGUGGACAUUAUGCGUGUUAAUGUGGACAAAGUGCUGGAACGAGACCAGAAGCUGUCAGAACUGGACGACAGAGCAGACGCACUGCAGGCAGGGGCCUCCCAGUUCGAGACCAGUGCUGCUAAGCUGAAAAGGAAGUACUGGUGGAAAAACUGCAAGAUGUGGGCCAUCCUGAUAGCUGUCCUAGUGAUCAUCAUCCUCAUCAUUAUUAUUUGGAAUUACUCAUAAAACUGCAAAAAGAGGAGGAGGAGUGGGGCAAACAAUGAAGAAGAGGAGAGGAACAACGAACAUAAUUCAUAUCUCAGAGAAAGACCUCACGUGAUUACUGGCUACUGAGCUCCACAACAUGUUUCUCCUUGCAGGGGGUCUUCAUUCCUUGCCUGAUUUGCCCUGUGUGUGUUUGUGUGUGUGGGUGUCUGUGCGUAUGUGUUGCUUGCCUGAGUAAAGAAUUGUCACAAUACCAGAGGUUUACCCUGCAUUACUUCCCCAUACCAGGUAAUUUCAAACCUGCAUUACAGUUCCAUGUCACUUGCCAAAGAACACAGAAACAGGUUGAUAGUUGAACUCAAACUCAACCAAAGCCUAUUACAAAAAUAAAUGAAUCGUCUAUAAAUGUAUGACAGAGCACACACACAUACUCCAUCCUCCGGACUAGAAGUGAAGACUGUUGUUGUUAACUCUCCUCAACUUAUAUUUACUUUUUUAUGUUUUAUUAAUAGCCAUUGAUUUUGUGUGCAAGGCUAAGAGAAGUGCCUUUAGGAUAUGCAGUUCUGUGUUGAUUUAGAUUGUACAGUAACCCUGCAUAUCCCUGAAGAGAUGCCCCUUUCCAACACACAUUCAUUUAUACUUUUCAGAAGCCAAUAUUUGGAUUUUUUGCCUCAAUUUUUUCAAAAAGAAUCACUAAUUUGCCAUUUUAUGAAUGGUUGCAGUCGACCAGGGAAUGGUGGGAUCUGAUGCCUUAUUUUAUUUAUGUGUAUGGGAUAGUGCUUAUUCAUUUCUCUGUGUAAGACAUUUGAUUUUUGAUUGAUUUGAUAAAGAAAAAUGUUUUUGGUCACCGAACAACAAAAAAGUUGCACACUAUUGAAACCACCUGAUCAUCCCUGUCCUUUUCCAUCUUUCAUUCAGGCAGAAUGUAGUUACAGUAAAACGAGAAUGAGCUUGUGUAGAAAAGUGCAUAUAUGUUUUAACCUUCAGCUGCACAGAUAUGAAAGACUAGAGAAACUGCCAUUUAAAAAAAACAAUAGUGCUACACUGGGUUAAAAAUGGCAAAUUGUCUAAAUCACGUUCUCAAAGACAUGCCAUAAAGUUUGCCUUUGUAAUAUAUUCAAGCACAUAAAAGUAGGAAAAUGUAGUGUUAGACAGUUGCCUUAAUAGGUUUCUCCAAUGGAGAACAGCCAAAAUACAGCCAUGCCUUAUUGAUCAUAUACAUGUAUACACACCAGCCAGUAAAAGUGAUGUGCCUUCUGAAUGCUCCAACUGUCCAAAUACUGUGCUGCUUUAACCUCAAAUAAAGCCUUCUGUUUAUUAACACUGGCAAUGUAUCCCACCUGAUCAAUGCAAAGUACUUCUCUUGUGUGAUAUUUUAGAUUUAUAGUGCCUCUAACAAUAGCUUUUUUUGCAAUCUUUCAUAUUUAGGACUAACCUUUAGGGGGGCUGUAUAGUAUUUUUUGUGUGUGUAGAUGCUCACUACUGCUUUGCAUCAUGCUUGUUUGAGUGUGGAGAAAAACUUUGUUGGGCAAUGACAGUGUUAUAUACACCAGCACUGGAUGAUUGCAUUCCCCACUGUCCCCUCCAUCCCAUUAAAAUAAAUGUAUUUUAAAGAGGGAAACAA